CAUGUAAAUAAAAAGAAAUAAUAUAAGGUUGUUAGUUGGUGAUGCGGCACAUGUAUGGCCACCAUUCUUCCGAUAACUCACCACCACCACACGCCCAUAUCAUUCAUUUUUUCUUCAACUCAAUUAAACCCCAUAAUUUUUUUUUUAAAUUUGUGAAUCUUACGAUAAGCCAAAACCGGAAUUAAAGAUGGUGUUAAGCUUGCCGGUAACCAAGUCGUUAUUCCCGUCGCCAUGUUGGCCGGAGAGACGGCGGAAAUUCCAUUUACGCAGCAGCACAGUGCGGUGCGGAAUAGCAGAGGCUUCGGGACAGCCGGCACCGAUGGGGCAGAAGACCAAGUACAAGGACGGGCUGUUCGAGAGAGUGUUCAUGAGCCUCUUCUCGCGGAAGAUGGACAAGUUCGGGCGCGGAGGAAAAGCGGGGAUGGAGGAGAAGGGGCUGUUCGACUGUGAUUACGAGUCGUUUGUGGAAGUGUCGAGAGGAGUGAUGGAGGGAAGGAGUCGUCUGCAGCAGCAGCAAGUUGUUAGAGAGGUGCUCCUCUCCAUGCUCCCUCCCGGCGCCCCUGCUCAAUUUAGAAAGUUGUUUCCACCAACAAAAUGGGCAGCAGAGUUCAAUGCGGCAUUAACGGUGCCUUUCUUCCACUGGUUGGUUGGCCCUUCUGAGGUUGUGGAGGUAGAAGUAAACGGAGUGAAGCAAAAGAGCGGAGUCCACAUCAAGAAAUGCAGGUACUUGGAGAAUAGUGGUUGCGUAGGAAUGUGCGUUAACAUGUGUAAAAUACCAACACAAGAUUUUUUCACCAACGAGUUUGGCCUUCCAUUGACGAUGAAUCCAAAUUUUGAAGACAUGAGUUGUGAGAUGAUAUAUGGACAAGUUCCACCCCCCUUUGAGGACGAUCCGGUUUCAAAACAAUCUUGUCUACCAAAUUUUUGCUCCAUUGCAAACCCAAAUUCAAGUCUCUGUCCCAAACUAAAAGCAUGAUAUAUUUUGGUGGUUGCAACUAUCAUAUUGUCUGUCCGGAUUAGACCAUUUUUCAUCACAUAUUGUAUAAAUUCCAUCUCGUAUAUAUAAUAAUAUGGCUCUUCAUAUAGUACUACGAGAUAAGGUGGUAUUACUGUAUUUUUACAGACGUCUUUUUUUUUGACACUUGGGGUUUAGUAAAUAUGUAAGCAGAAUAAGGUCUU